AUGCGACAAGUCAACCGUGCCAACCGCAUUGUUGGUGGAGUAGAGACGGAGGUGAACGAAUAUCCCUGGAUGGUUUCUCUUGUCGACGGCAGUGGAUACUAUCACUUCUGUGGCGGUUCUAUUAUCUCCAGCCAAUGGGUCGUCACUGCAGCUCACUGUGCAGUAGGGCCUUGCGCAGCAGGGUACGCGUCUCGAAGCAGCGUGAAUCAUAACAGCUUCAAACGCACUGUUGCCAGAAUACCUCACCAACCAUCUCGUGAGUCACAGCGUCUGACCCGCUAUGUGACCUUCGUAUGCUAUGAAGUACGCAAGGGCUUAGCAAAGGUUCACAUGUCAAAAUUAUACUUGCAGAUUCAGAUGGACACGUGUAUCCAUCCUCUGCUUUUUUCAACUCAAACGUCACGAAUUCUCACAAAUGCCAAUCAGCGCGUUGCUCUGGUUUCUUGUACAGAGAACCCCACAGUAACAAAAGCAAAUCCACGUGGCACAAGUGUAUAA